GAGGAGAUCCUUUGGUGGGAGGCAGCGCGGAGAGGAAGUAGGUGUGGCAGUCAGAAACUGCUGAGAGGCAAGCAGGACGGUGCAGAAGAGACAAACCAUGGACAGCUCCUGCUGAGCUGGGUUGCCUGUUGCUGUUUUGGAGCUAACCUGGGCUACGUUGGAAAAAAGGCUUGGGUGUGCAACUGCAGAGCUGUGGGACGUCUCCCUGUUUAGGGGGAUUAUCCAGACCUCACCCAGCUGUUCCACUGCCUUGCAGGUAGGCAUUCGUGUCUGGAAUUCCUGUCCCUCCCACAGCCAUGGAGGCCGAGACUGCAAUUGACACCAGUAGGGUAGGAGACUUGGUGCUUCUGGACCCACUGACGGAAGAUACGUUAAUGCAGAACCUGGAGAAACGCUUCCAACACAAGGAAAUCUAUACGUACAUCGGGAACGUGGUGAUCUCAGUGAACCCGUAUGAGCAGCUGCCCAUUUACACGGAAGAGAUAGUGGAGGAGUAUAAGAACUGUAACUUUUUUGCGGUAAAACCCCACAUUUACGCCAUCGCGGAUGACGCCUAUCGCUCACUGAGAGAUCAGGACAAAGACCAAUGCAUUCUUAUCACUGGAGAGAGCGGGGCCGGCAAAACAGAGGCCAGCAAGCUGAUGAUGUCAUACGUGGCAGCUGUAUGUGGGAAAGGGGAACAGGUGAAUCGUGUCAAGGAACAAUUACUGCAGUCGAACCCAGUACUGGAAGCCUUUGGAAAUGCCAAAACCAUUCGCAAUGACAACUCCUCACGAUUUGGAAAAUACAUGGAUAUUGAGUUUGACUUCAAGGGCGAUCCUUUGGGUGGCGUCAUCAGCAAUUACCUGCUAGAGAAAUCCCGGGUGGUUCAUCAUGUCAAGGGCGAGAGGAAUUUCCACAUCUUCUACCAGCUGCUGUCUGGAGGCUCUGACGAGCUGCUCAGACAGCUAAAGCUGCAACGAGACUGCCGCCUUUAUGGUUACCUCAACAGGGAGGCCUCAAGCCUGCAUGGUAUGGAUGAUGCCGCCAAUUUCAGAGCUGUUCAGGAUGCUAUGCGAGCCAUUGGCUUCUCCCCAUCAGAGAUCACAGCAGUGCUGGAGGUGGCAGCUGUCGUCCUCAAACUUGGCAACAUAAAGCUGGGGCAGCAAUUUCAGGCCAGUGGAGCAGAAGCUUGUGGAAUCGAGGAUGACAAAGUAGUGCGGGAGAUCUGUCAGCUGAUCCAAUUGAGUGAAACUGCCCUGGAGCAGGCUUUGUGCUCUCGCACAGUGGAGGCCCAUCAGGAGAAGGUGGUGACAACACUGACGGUCUCACAGGGUUACUAUGUGCGGGAUGCCCUGGCAAAGAACGUUUAUAACCGGCUAUUUAACUGGCUUGUUAACAGGAUCAAUGAGAGCAUCAAAGUGACAACGACUGAGCACAAGAAAGUCAUGGGUGUCCUGGAUAUUUAUGGCUUUGAGAUUUUUCAGGACAACAGCUUUGAGCAGUUCAUUAUCAAUUACUGCAACGAGAAGCUGCAGCAAAUCUUCAUCCUGCUGACCCUGAAGGAGGAGCAAGAGGAGUACAUUCGGGAGGGCAUCGCUUGGACUCCUGUGGACUUUUUCGAUAACAGCAUAAUCUGCAACUUGAUAGAGGAUGGCAAAGGUGGGAUCCUGGCCAUGCUGGAUGAGGAGUGCCUUCGCCCGGGCGAGGUGAACGAAGCCACAUUCCUGAACAAACUCAACCAAGUCUACAAGGGACACCAACGCUACGAGAGCAGGGUCACACAGAAUAACAAGCAUAUCAUGGACAACAGCUUGCAUGCGAGCUGCUUCCGUAUUCACCACUAUGCUGGCAAGGUGACCUACAAUGUGGUUGGAUUCAUAGAGAAGAACAAUGACCUGCUCUUUAGAGACCUGUCACAAGCCAUGUGGAAGGCCAAACACGUGCUCCUGCGCAGCCUCUUCCCUGAAGGGGACCCCCAAAAAGCCUCACUCAAGCGUCCACCCACUGCUGGUUCACAGUUCAAAGCCUCUGUGGCCACCCUCAUGAAGAAUCUCUAUUCUAAGAACCCUAAUUACAUCAGGUGCAUCAAGCCCAAUGACACCAAAAAGGCUGCUGUGUUCACAGAUGAUCUGGUUCGGACACAGGUGCGCUACCUUGGCCUGUUGGAGAACGUGCGUGUUCGGCGGGCUGGUUAUGCCUAUCGGCAGCUCUAUGACCCAUGUUUGGAGCGCUACAAGAUGCUCUCCAAGGAGACUUGGCCAAAGUGGAAAGGCAGCGCCAGGGAUGGUGUUCAAGCCCUUUUGAGCAGUCUGCCCAUUGACUCCAAAGAACUGGCAUAUGGACACACCAAGAUCUUCAUCCGCACGCCACGCACGCUUUUUUAUUUGGAGGAGAGACGCCAGCAGCGGAUACAGGAGCUGGUUGCACUGAUCCAAGCAACCUUCCGGGCCUGGAAAUGCCGCAAGAACUUUCUCCAGAUGCGCAAGAGCCAAAUCGUUAUCUCUGCCUGGUACCGGGGCCAUGCGCAAAAGAAGAAAUACGGGAAGAUGAAAAUGUCAGCUCUUCUCAUCCAGGCUUAUGUCAGAGGAUGGAAGUCUCGUAAACUCCUACGGCAGCUGAAGCACCAAAAGAGCUGCAAUCAUGCUGCCACCAUCAUUACUGCUUACUGGAGAGGUUAUCAGACACGGAAGGAAUACAAGAAGUAUUUCCGCUCUGGGGCCUCUCAGCGUAUCACUAAGUUUAUCUACACGAGUCUGGUGCAAAAAUUCCUCCUGGGCUUGAAAAACAAUCUGCCUUCCAUGACAGUGACUGACCAUGCUUGGCCGCCAGCUCCAUACAAGUUUCUCACAGGCCCCAAUGAAGAACUGAAGAAGAUCUUCCACCAUUGGAGGUGCAAGAAAUACCGAGAUCAGCUGCCACCUCAGAGAAAAGUAGCCCUCCAGGACAAGUUGUGUGCCAGUGAACUUUUCCGGGGCAAGAAGAGUUUGUACCCUAAAAGCCUCCCACAACCUUUCAGAGGGGAUCACCUGGGUCUAAAGGAGAACUCCAGAUAUCGUAAGCUCCAAGCCGCAGCUGAUGGCAAGAUGGUCAUGGCCGACAGUGUGAGGAAGGUCAACCGAGGUGAUGGAAAGACCUCUCCUCGAAUCUUCCUUCUCACCAAGAGCCACAUCAUCCUGGCAGACCCAAAGGCUGCCCAGCCAAAAACAGUGAUCACCCUGAGUGACAUCAACAGUGUCUCCGUCAGCCGCUAUGCAGAUGGCUUCUUUGUUCUGCACAUUAGAGAGACCUCCACAGCGGGUACCAAAGGGGACUUCCUGCUUAUAAGUGACCACUUGAUUGAACUAGUCACCCGGCUCCACCAGACCGUGCUGGAAACUACAAAGCAAAAACUGAAGCUCCAAGUGGCUGAUGAGUUCCUGGUGAAGUUCAAGCAAAGCAGCAUCACUGUUAAGGUGGUAGAGACAGCUGAGAAGCAGGGGGCAGCGCCCAUCUGCAGAAAGAAAGGCAGCCAUCGAAUGGAGGUGCUAGUCCACUGAGGAGAAUCUGGACAGGAGGAUACUGCCUGUCCAGAGGGAACUACAAUGGACUCCGUCCUGGGGGCCUUUGGAAGUGGGAAUUUGUGACUGAAGAUUUGGCUCACUGGCAGCUUCAAUAUUCUUGGUGUCUCACAUCCCACCUCAGGGGCAGCUAUCUGAUAGCUUUCAAUAAUCAAUUAACACAUGCCAGUUUCCCCAUUUGGCAUAGGUGCCAAUGACAAAUGGUCCCUGUGCUACAACUGACCUCUUCAGAAAUGGCCACUUCUCUUACUCUUCUUUAGAAGCCUUACCUCUUAUUUAACUGGAGAACAUAGGGUGAGCACCAGGAAAACACACCAGUGAAAUGAAAUGCUGUUUUUGCCUAAUUUAAAGUCUCUUUACUUAGGCCCUGGGCUAGAGGGCCUACCUGUGGCCUUCCAGAUGUUGUUAACAGGGAGCUGCAGUCCGGCAACAUCUGGGGAGCAUCAGGUUCCCAGCACGUGACCUACAGAAUCUUGGAAUGCUUUUAAAAACCACCACCUCAAAUCUGUUUUCUUAAAGGUGUGGACAGGAGCUUCUCUUGGAGUGAGCUCUCUGAAACUCCUUUCUACACACUGUGUUUCAUCAGACCAAAUGUCAUCCUUCAAUAAUACCUAUGCACUUCUGAUUAAUUAUUAGAAACAGAAAGUAAUCACAACCAAUGAAGUACAUAGCUUUUUUAAAAAAAUCUCUACCACAAUCUUGAAUUCAUCCAAAGUGAGCAGUUUUUUGAACCCCCAACCUGGAAGGAUACUAGAAGGGCUUUUGUUACGCUAAUAGACCCUGAAGAUCAGCUUCAAGUAUCUAGAGACCAGGGGUCAGCAACGUUUUUCAGCUGUGGGCUGGUCCACUGUCCCUCAGACCAUGUGGUGGGCCAGACAAUGUUUUGGGAAAAAAAUAAUGAACUAAUUCCUAUGCCCCACAAAUAACCCAGAGAUGCAUUUUAAUAAAAGCACACAUUCUACUCAUGUAAAAACACCAGGCAGGCCCCACAAACAACCCAGAGAUGCAUUUUAAAUAAAAGGACACAUUCUACUCAUGUAAAAACAUGCUGAUUCCCGGACCGUCCGUGGGCCGGAUUGAGGUGGUGAUUGGGCCACAUCCAGCCCCCGGGCCUUAGUUUGCCUACCCCUGAUCUAGACAGUAAAGACCCAGAAGAACAUUAAACAAGCCUUCAGGGUUAAAUGUGUCCAAUAGCUCAGCCCCAAGCAUUUGUAGGUUCUCACCAAACCUUACAUAGAAGCUGCCAGAGCAUGUGCAGGUAGCUGCAAUAUUUCCCCAUUAAAUAAAGUUAUGCAUUUUAAAUCUU